UUAAGGGGUGUUAGUAAUGGAAGUGUUAAGGAGUGUUUAGUCUAACACUUGUUUGGGAGAAAAUUUUAAUUUUUUAAGGGUGUUAGUAAGUGUUUGAGAGUGUUACUCAUAACCUUCCUAACACCUAUAUUUACCAUUUUUCAAACACUCCAAUUUGGGGUGUAAUGAAGUGUUGGACAACUUUUGCCCUUAUUUCAAAAAUAUAAUUCAAAGUUACACAAGUUCUCUGUCCAUUCUUCUUCCGCAGCAGAGAGAGUCCGUUCAUCUACACUUCUACGUCGGGGCUCUGGUUCUACUUUUCUUAAGCUCUAAACGGCUCUGGUUCUCUCAUGUUGGCGCAGGGAUUGUUGGAUAUCAAGGAAUCACUCACACCACUUUUAUCCACGAUUAUCUGAACAAGGGAGCCUAUGGGUAAAACCAAAUCCAAAGCCUCUAGCCAAGUUGGUUCAAAUUCUAGGAGCUCACAAAUGCCAUCAGAAACACAAUCUAAAGCUACUCGCACAACUCAAGUUUCUCGAUUACAAGAAGCUCCUAUUCCACCACCUGCAGCUGCUACAAGACCAGCCAUCAGUACAUGUGAGGUGGCAUCUAACAUGCCGGUUGGUCCUAACAUUCUAUAUGAACCUCCUCCCGGUGUGAAGGUUAGAGUUUAUAGAUCAAAAGUUUGGGAGCAUUUUAUCAGUUAUUGGGUUCGAACUAUUAAAAAGGUAAAAAAUAAGGAUACUAACACUUAUGAUGACAUACUAGAGUAUAAAGAAAGGGCUAAGUGUAAGUAUUGUCCAAAGAAUAGUGGAGACUUUGCAACUGAUAGUGGGCCCAGUGGGACUGGGGGUUUAGUAAAACAUAUUUCCAACAGCUGCAAAUGGUACCCUGUUAAUGGCAACAGGUCCAACAAAGUGUUAGUUUCAGAAAAGGGUGAUUUUAACAAGCUUGUUGUUAGGGAAUUUAAUCAAAAAGAUACUAUGGGUGCUUGUGUCGAAAUGGUUGUGAUUGAUGAGUUAACAUUUUCAUUUGUGGAAAAGAAGGGUUUUAGAAAAUUUUGUAUGAUUGGUAUGCCCUUGUUUAAAGUCCCAUCUAGGAGAACUCUGGUUAGGGCUUUUCUUGAGAUGUAUGAUGCAAAAAAAAGAAACUGACUCAAGAGUUAGGUUCUCAUAGAGUUUGUCUCACUACGAUACAUGGACCAGUAUACAAAACUAUAAUUAUAUGGUCAUAACAGCCCAUUUUAUAGAUUCUAAUUGGAGCAUGCAUAAAAGGGUGUUAAACUUUUGUGUGAUCCCAAAUCACCAAGGUUCAACAAUAACUCAAAUUUUAGAAGAUUGUUUGAAUGAGUGGGGAUUUUAGAUGUUCUCACACGAUGGAAUGCUUCUUAUAUGAUGUUAGAUUCUGCCUUGAAGUUAAAGAGAGCAUUUAAAAGGAUGGAACAAGAUCCUAACAGCCCGUACAUAGCGUACUUUAAAGAAUCAGAGGAACAUUUCGAUGAUGAGGGAAAUGUGGUAAUGCAAAAAAAUAGUAAAAGAGUGGGGCCACCAAAGGAAGAAGAUUGGGUAUCGUGUGAUACCUUUGUAGGAUUUUAAGGGUUUUUUAUGAUAUAACCCUUAGAGUUAGUGCUUCCCUCCAUCCUACAAUUCAUACUACAUUUCAUGGCAUCGUUCAAAUGGAAUAAACGAUGAAUAUUAAGCUAUGUGGAUUAACUAAUGACAAUGACCAGAAAAUGAGUGAGGUUCUUUCACUCAUGAGAACCAAAUACAUCAAGUAUUUCAGUAAGCUCAAUGAAUUGAACCCUCUGAUCAUUAUUGGUCUUGUUUUAGAUCCAAGGUUUAAGUUAAACCAUGUGAAGGACAUUCUGGAAGAGGAUUUAAAAUGGGUUGCACGUGAGGUUGAACAAAAAGUAAACCAAAUCAAACAACUUUUGUUUCUUUUGUAUGAGGAGUAUGAAGAGAAGUCUGUGAAGAAGAGGAAAGCUAAUGAGACUAGCAACACUAACUUCCAAUUGAAAACACAGAGAUUGAAAGAAGGAAGUUCAAGCUCUAGUGGAAAAAGUGGUUCAUCCCAUGUUGCUAACAAAUAUGUGACGAGGUGGAGUAAGCGGGUAACUGAAAUUGAAGAAGAGGUGGUCGAGCAUGAGGUUGAUCGAUAUUUAAAAGAUAAGGUGAUGGCCAUCACCGAAACAAGUGUUGAAGAGGAGGGAGGAAGUGAACUUUUAGAAGAAGAGCUAGCAGAAAAUUAUAGGUCAUUUGACCUAUUAAGAUGGUGGAAAAUGAAUGGUAAUAAAUAUCCUGUGUUAGCUCUAAUUGCUAAGGACUUGUUUGUUGUCCAGGUUUCAACUGUGGCAUCGGAGAGUGCAUUUAGCACAGGUGGGAGGGUGAUAGAUGCCUUUAGAAGCUCAUUAACUCCCAAAUCAGUUGAAGCAUUGAUAUGCAUGCAAAAUUGGCUUAGGGGUGACAAUAUCAUCACCAACUUUGAAGAUGAGCCAUGUGUUGAAGAGCUAGAAUUUUAUGAGAACAUUGAAGAAGAGUUGAGGAACAUGAGCUCAAGUAAAACUUCUAGAUUUGAUCCAACCAACAAAGCAAAAGGGCCAAUUAUAGUGACCCUUGAAGGUGAAGAUAAUACCAUUCUUGAACUUGGCGUUGAUGUUGGGGGAGAUCAAGAGAUCUUUCUGAUGAUGAAGAAUAUGAUGACCUUUGAUUUCAGAACAAUAUUUUUUGUUUACUAUCUCCAAACUUCCUGAUUAUGCAAUAUGCCUACGACAAUGCUUUAUUUUUACUAGUUUAGGGAUUGACUUCUUAGCACCCCCUUACUAUUCCGCAAAGUGCAUAAUAUCUUUAAGACAUUAUUUAUGUGAUGCAGUUUUUGGUGAUUCAGUUUUUGGAGAUGCA